AUAUUCGAUUUUUGCUUCUCUUUAUAAUCAGAAAGUGCCUUCGUCUUCAUCGCCAUCUCAGUUUUAUAGAGACCGUGCGAAACCCUAGCUCUUUCCCUUCACCUAUUUUCUCAAACUUCAUUAGAAAUUUCUCAAAUUUCUUCCAUUUUCUCACCAAAUUUCAUCAAUUUCAAAGAGCAAAGAUGCCAAGGUGCAAGAACGCUUCAUCACGUCAAGAAUCGGCGGUAGAAGAAGGUGAGAGGCCAUGGCGUCGUGAAGGGAGGAAGUACAUCCACAUCCAAACCGGACUUGCCUUCAACACCAGGGCUUCAGCCGAGAGGUUCCACAACAUCUUUCUCACGAAGGAGAUCAUCUCACCUAAGAUCGUGAACAAGGACCUCUUCAAAUCGGCGACCUAUGCCCCGAGUAAGUCUCUUUUCUCUCAGCAAGGAUUGCUUCGUUUCAUCCAUUUGACGUAUGAAAUCUUUUGUCCAAAUCUUAUACGUCAAUUUUAUGCAAAUCAUCGUACCACUAAGGGAGACUCGCCAUCUCUCAUUUCCUAUGUUGACGGCAAAACCGUUUUCAUUGACGUUGCCGGGUUGACUUCUUUGUUUGUGCUUCGUCGAGGUGAAAUUACCGAAAACUUGGAUGAAACAUUCCUAGAUGAGGCAAUUUGGCGACAACUCGGGUUAGAUCAUCGUGACCUCAAGUUUAGAAAUUCUAGCAACCUGAGUGUCAUUAGUCUCACUUUAAUUCAACGCGUCCAACAAUACAUCUUUUCUUAUGUUUUGUUGCCCCGUGAUUCGAACCAUGGCGUUGUCAACAAGGACGAUACUCGUUUGUUUCACGUCCUGUUGAACAAUGUCAAAUUUGAUUGGGUUCACUUCUUUAUCGUUGCACUUAGCGAUGUCACUCGUUUUUCCCAUCUCCGUUUUUCCAUCCCCAUUAUGCAUAUUGGUGGUCCCAAAGUGGUGAAAUACAAAGUCUAGAGGGGGGGUGAAUAGACUUUGUUACAGAUUUAAAAUCUUUUUGUUUCUUUUGAAAACGUGAAAAUGAGUGUUAAUCUAGAGUCCUUGUGAACUUUAGAUUGUGUGCGGAAUUUGGUGGGUAGAGUGAGUAGUAAUCAAUAUGGAUGGGUUAG